UUUCUGUGAAAUCAAAACAAAUAAAAACACGAAUCUUAUAAAAUAUGGAUAUUAGAAACAACGAUCCCGGCGCGGUUCAAUAUGGCAACUUCUUCAACUACUAUCAGUUCAGUUCCGCCGCAGAACGCGUGAAACUCUUACCAGACGCGGACAUAUGGCUUCCUGCGUUGGAGGAUGGAGAAACCCAAAAGGAUAAACCCUAUUUCAUCCUGGAUGUGGGCUGCAAUUGCGGCGUACUCACUCAACUCAUGCAUAAAUAUCUGGAGGAACGUCUUCAUAGAUCUGUGAAAGUUCUAGGUGUGGAUAUAGACCCUCGGCUGAUUCAACGUGCCAGCGAGGAGAAUGAAUCCCCGAAAGAUGUGAGCUACGCCUGCGUGGAUGUCCUCGAUGAUGAAGCCUUUGAAUCCGUUAAAACCUAUAUGGAGGUGAAUAAUCUCGAGAAAUUUGAUGCCAUUUGCUGCUACUCCAUUACCAUGUGGAUUCACUUGAAUCACCAUGAUCAAGGCCUGCGAUUCUUUCUGCAAAAGCUCUCCAAUCUGGCAGAGCUCCUGGUGGUGGAACCACAGCCCUGGAAAUGCUAUCAGAAAGCAGAGAGACGCCUGAAAAAAGCCGGAGAGAUAUUCCCUCUUUUCCUGGAACUUAAGUGGCGAUCUGAUGUGGAUCUUCAGAUACAAAAGUACCUGGAAGAGUCUUUGGACCGAAGAAAGAUAUUCAAAUCCGCACCAACUAAAUGGCAGCGAAAGAUCUGCUUCUACAGAUGAUAAUAAAAGCUAAAAGGACAAUGUUUAUAUAGGAGAAACCUAAAACUGCUGCGAAGUAUCGUAGCAUAUUCAUGUAUUCCUAUAUUAUCAUUCCUACUAUUGGAUUUUACAAUUCAACUGAUGCGAAUGUGUUUUCUAGCCACUAAAUUGGACAACUUUUUCAACUGGCUGAUAAGAAAAUAAAAUCUUUAAAGUUACAAACUG